AUGUCCUACUUUUUUGCCACCCCGGUAGAUAUCGAUAUCGUUCUUGAAGAUAGCGAUGAGCGCCAGGUGGUCGACAUAAGAGAAAAACAGCGACGUGAGAAAGCGCCCCUGUAUAUGGAUGGAGAGUCCGUAAAGGGUCAAGUUACGGUGCGUCCAAAAGAUGGAAAGCGCUUAGAGCACACUGGCAUUAAAGUCCAAUUCAUUGGUACAAUAGAGAUGUUCUUCGAUAGAGGCAAUCAUUACGAGUUUCUCUCCCUAAAUCAAGAGCUCGCGGCACCGGGCGAGUUACAACAUCCCCAGACUUUCGAUUUCAAUUUCAAGAACGUCGAAAAGCAAUACGAGUCAUACAACGGUAUCAAUGUGAAAUUACGGUACUUCGUGCGUGUGACAGUUGCGCGUCGUAUGGCCGAUGUCAUUCGCGAGAAGGAUCUUUGGGUCUACAGCUACCGAAUUCCGCCCGAGAUGAACAGUUCAAUCAAGAUGGAUGUUGGUAUCGAGGAUUGUUUACAUAUCGAAUUCGAAUAUAGCAAGAGCAAGUACCACCUUAAGGACGUCAUCGUCGGCCGUAUCUACUUUCUGUUAGUUCGUCUCAAAAUCAAGCAUAUGGAACUGAGCAUAAUUCGGAGAGAGACGACUGGCGCUGCACCCAAUCAAUAUAACGAGAGCGAAACCCUUGUGCGCUUCGAGAUAAUGGAUGGUUCCCCUUCACGCGGCGAGACCAUCCCUAUUCGACUGUUCCUUGGGGGGUUUGAUUUGACUCCUACAUUCCGCGACGUGAACAAGAAAUUCUCUACGCGCUACUACCUGAGUCUAGUGUUAAUAGACGAGGAUGCUAGGCGAUACUUUAAACAGUCUGAGAUUAUCCUAUAUCGGCAAGCCCCAGACGCUGCGGCCGCGAAUGGAAACCAGCAAAUGGUAGUGUCAGUCCCAGAAUCUACUCGCCAAAUGCCUUUGCCAAUCCAGGCAUGA